AAUGAAGCGUGACCUGUCCACAUCGACCAUCGGCCGCGAUGAGGCCAGGCGUCCUCUUAUGGAGGCCUACAUGUUCCAGCGCCGGGUCCUCCUGGGAUGCAGCUUGCUGACGGUGGUAUCGCUGCUGAUCUGGAUAGUGGCGAUAUCGACCGAUCAUUGGAUAAUCAUUUCCGGUGGACAAGGCAUCUUUAUUCCGGAGUCAAGAAGAUUCUUUAUGUCCUCGCACUCGGGAUUAUGGCGCCACUGCCGGAACACCAUUGUUCCCAAUGCUCUAAGCAAUGCCCAGGUGGUGAGGAACUUCAGUUCCAUGUCCUACACGGCGCAGACGAACAUCAACGAGGCCAAACGGAAUCUCUCGCACAUGGACUUCAUCAAGGAGUUUGCCAAGGAAAAAUUGGACACAGGAGAUAAUUUCACAGAAGCAGCUAGACGACACAUGUUUGCUCAUUGGGCACGAGGCGAGGACGAGGACUUCCAGACCCUGCGAAACGCGUUCCGAUCCAUUGUGAUGUCCACCGAAGAGAACCAAAGGCAGAUCAAUGCCACGGCGAACAAACCUAUACCCAUUGAUCCUUUAGAUGUGCAGGGAAUUAUUAGGAGGAAUACAUUCGGAUCGGCUCUGCAGCGGGUGAAGUACAACAACACCUGGUCCUAUUAUGUGAUACCAGAGGUGGCUCAGUUGGCCAUCUUCAGUAACUGGACGAAUUAUCCUCUGGUGGUGCGGUUGUUGGGUACCUAUAUCCGGGACAUUGGUAUUCCCGCUUAUGUUCUGAAUGACGAGCGGGUGCUUCUAAUCUUAGUGCCUCCGCUGCCGCCAAAACGCGGAGGUCAAAGUGCCUAUUACAGCUACAUCCCGAACCAACGAUGCAAGUAUAUUGACAUGUUCCCCAACUCUAACGCCCUUCGAAAUGAGCCUGGAUUCGACGACGAGCUAUUGGUGGCUUGGUACUUCCUUUCAGACUAUAUCCGGACGCAGGCGUCCUUUGCCUGCAUUACGUUGUUCGUGAUGAGCUUGGGGGCAGUGUUCUCCUUCUACACGUUCAUGAAUCCGCGCUAUAUGUUCAAGCGACUGGCGGGAGGAAUUCACCUGGUUGCAGCAUCCACAGCCCUGGUGGUACUCCAGGUACUCUUCUCUUCAAUUGACUAUACGAAGGAUCAUCUAUUUUACGCGUAUCCCGAUGGAGCAGAGUUAACCUACGGGUAUGGAGUCUUCUUGGCCUGGUUCACUUUUGCGGAUAAUAUUCUAUGCGGUGUUAUGUUCCUCUGGUACUCGGGCAAGAAAAAAGGCGCCAAGGCGCCCAACGAUGAGGUGGCCAUGGCGGAUGAGCCCACCAUCAUGGGCAGAUAACCUGCCCCAGACCACAAUGGGCUUUGAUUGACCAAAUGCCCAUCCAGCGACCAAAGACCAAAGCAAUUCUGUUGCUUUUCAGCAUACUUUUGUUAUUUGUUGUUUUAAUAAUGGCUGUAUUUAAAAUGUUCGCUUUAUAACUAUAAGAAUCUCAAGGCAAUAAAGCAUAUAUUUUCAGUCAA